CCUCUACUUGAACUUAAAUUGUUGAACAGAAAGUGAGAGAAACCUGCAGAGAAAAGAGAUCUUUGUUCCUGACAACAUUUACUAAUUCCUCCAAUCCAUUCAUUCCUAUAUUUGAUCUAUUUGAUUCUACUAGCAAUUGCAGCUUUGAUCUUCAAUCUUUCUUUUGAAAUAUCAUCAUAACUAAGCCUUAGUCCAGAUGAGUACUACACCACCUCUAGCAGUCUCUCUUCUUCUUCUUCUGUUCCUUCUCCUUCCGCAGGCUCAAGGGAUCCGAUUGGAGAAAGGAUUUAUCUCAGUUAAACAACAAAACAAGAAUAUUCAUGAGGAUAGUACUGUUUUAACCAAAAAAAGUGAAAGCACUGCAGCUUCUGGUGUACUCAGAAAAGAUUGUGGACAUGAUGAUCACUGCUCAUCAUCAGGAAGCAGUAGAAAACUAAUAACUGUGAGAUCUUCUACCACCACUUCAAAGAACGAGAAGAAUAUUGUUGGCAAGCAAAUUGGGAAUCCGAAAGCUGAGGAGGAGGUUGCAACCACCCGACAACAAUAUCCAAACCUCAUAGACCUGACCGAAAUGGAUUAUUCUCCGGCCAGGAAAAAACCUCCGAUACACAACUGA